AUGCAUGACUUGUGCUGGCAGCUUUUGCAGAAAUUCUACGAACCGGAUGAUGUCCCAAUAGAGCGACUCCAUGAUGUUUGUAGAUCUCUUCCGCUCGCUAUUCUGGGAAGCUGCGCAUUUUGGGGGCAUGACUACGGAGAACUGAUAACUCUGGAUACCAAAGACCAUUACCCGUGGGAAGACAGGGUAGAGAAUGAGUUCAACAGCUCUCUAACCCAUGCGAAGAAGGAUCCAUAUGAUGUUGCGGAGAUACCAGAGCUACUUACCCUUUCGUAUAAUUCAUCUCCUUCACUGGGGAUUACACAGCCUCAUGUAGUGAGGGAAACGAAAAGUGACUGUUUUGCUAUAUUUCCCUGGGAAAUUAUCGAAGAAAUAAGCGCCAACUUGUUAGUAUCAGACAUAUUGGCCUUAAUCCGUUCAUCAAGGACAUUCGGCCCAAUCCUCUCCAGCCAAACAUUUUGGGCUUCAAGAUUCGAAACCGGGAAAGACCGAGCGUUUCUCUUUGAGAAACGGAAUUGCAAAGAAGCCAGAGACUGGAUUAAGUUGUACCAACUCACAAAACGCUCGGCCAGCCCUCCGGGCUUAAAAAAUAGAAGACGAAUAUGGGACUUAAUCCAGUGCCUUGCACCAUAUUUAGCGUCAUCUCUUGAUAAAAAUCCGAAGCUCUCUCUAACAAGCAGUACUCGCAAUGGGAUAUGUGAGGUAGCUGGAGAUAUUCUAGUUGAAUUUGACUCGGGUUACCCUGACACUUUCAACCAGGGCUGUCUCCUAUUUGACAAACAACGUACUACGAUACCCUCUAACCUUUUGAGAGUUGGGUUUUCAGUAGCUGAAGAUAGCAUCACUGGUAUCCGCCUGAUCUCCGGUGUCCAAGAAGAUAUUUGUUUGGGCUACAUAAUUAAAUGCAAGGAGGUGGUCAUUGAAACAACAUCUUUGGGUGGGUUUAUGUUAGCAGUCGAUUCUCGAGGGAUACGUGCUGUUCGUGUUAUUCACGGUGAUGGAAACGAGUCAGAUUGGGUAGGUAACCCGGCUGGUACUCCAAUUACUGGACGUUUGAUGAAAUUGGGAGAUAUAAAUACCCUGGAAGUAGGAGUAGAUGUAAGUACGAAACGGCCUCUUCUCACCAUGACAAAAGGAACUAAAUACUUACGUCGUAUACGGCAACAGGGCUACAAAAUAAUCAGCAUUGCAGCUGCUUCGCCUCAUUCAAUACCACUUAAGAUACCGUUGCAGCGCAAAGCCUUUUGGUAUCCUUCUAUACCCAGCCCAGGGCUGUGUCUAAAUGAUCAGUCCUUUACAGGGCAAGAUCCGCUAACUGCCGGCUACCAACCAUUGGCUUGGAUUAAUUUCGGGGGCCCUAAAGGUGCCUACCUCAAACAUAUUACAGGUGUUUGUGUCACUGGCCCAGGAAAUAUAUGCACCAUUGAGUUCGAAUAUGAUAUCGACCUGCCCGUGGAAAUAUGCAAAUUAGGUCGCCGUAAAGUCACGGACUUUUCGAUCAUGAAUCGCUUCAAAAUAGACGGCCCUGGAGGAGAAUACAUCACUAGCAUCGAUGCGAGUAUUAUUCGCUUCGAGGGAAAGAAUGUUUACCCAUUCUAUAGAUGGGGAAAAUUGUUUUCUUUCAAGGUCAGCAUGGUCCCAGUUAUACAUCAGACCCGAAGAAAAGUAAAUUUAUUAGCUGCUAACUGGAUACCUAUUGAUGUGAUAUAG